AGCCAUUAAAGAGAGGAAGUUUUGCUUGGGGAAGUGGUUGUUGUAACUGUUGGAAGUGAUGCUAAUGGCGGCCUUCUCAGCCACUAUCUCCGGCUCCUCACGCUUUCUCUCGCCUACCUCGUUGCCUAAGCGGAAGAUAUCUGGUUUUUCUCCUUCUCCUCAAUGCCGCUCCUUUCCUCUUCCCAAGGCUUUUCCUCUUUCCAGAUCAAAUAUUAGUUCUCGGUUGGAAAGAGGGAAGUCAUUAACUAUCCAUGCCCAGACUUCAGUAUCAGAUAUCUCUGUAGAGAAAUCGGUGGAUGAAGUAAAUCUUCCCCAGGGAGACAUGUGGGCUGUCCAUAAGUUUGGGGGCACUUGUGUUGGGACCUCCCAGAGGAUCAAGAAUGUCGCAGAUAUAAUUAUUAGUGAUGAUUCAGAAAGGAAGUUGGUUGUGAUAUCAGCCAUGUCUAAGGUGACAGAUAUGAUGUAUGACCUUAUCAACAAGGCACAAUCAAGAGAUGAUUCCUACGUCUCUGCAUUGGAUGCUGUAUUAGAAAAACAUAAUUCGACAGCACUUGAUUUGCUUGAUGGAGAUGACCUUGCGACUUUCUUAUCUCAACUGCAUCAUGAUGUUAGUAACCUCAAAGCAAUGCUUCGUGCAAUAUAUAUAGCUGGUCAUGUCACAGCAUCUUUCUCAGAUUUUGUUGUUGGACAUGGGGAGUUAUGGUCUGCUCAAAUGUUAUCUUAUGUUGUUAGAAAGAGUGGGAUAGAUUGCAAAUGGAUGGAUACAAGGGAGGUACUUAUUGUAAAUCCCACUAGCUCUAACCAGGUCGAUCCUGAUUUCACGGAAUCCGAAAGAAAACUGGAAAAGUGGUUUUCACAGAAUCCAUCUAAGAUAAUUAUUGCUACUGGAUUCAUUGCUAGUACACCUCAGAAUAUUCCUACAACUUUAAAGAGGGAUGGAAGUGACUUCUCUGCUGCAAUAAUGGGUGCUCUGUUUAGGGCUCGCCAAGUUACAAUUUGGACAGAUGUUGAUGGUGUCUAUAGUGCAGACCCUCGAAAAGUUAGUGAAGCUGUGAUAUUAAGGAAAUUGUCUUAUCAAGAGGCAUGGGAAAUGUCAUAUUUUGGUGCUAAUGUUUUGCAUCCUCGUACCAUUAUACCUGUGAUGCGAUAUGAUAUUCCAAUUGUGAUAAGGAAUAUUUUCAAUCUCUCUGCCCCUGGAACAAAAAUCUGCCGUUCUGCAAGUGAUGAUGUAGAUGGUCAAAACGUAGAUUCUCCAGUCAAGGGGUUUGCAACUAUUGAUAAUUUGGCACUUGUAAACGUUGAGGGAACUGGUAUGGCCGGUGUUCCUGGUACAGCUAGUGCCAUUUUUAGUGCCGUGAAAGAUGUGGGGGCUAAUGUCAUUAUGAUAUCCCAGGCUAGUAGUGAGCAUUCAGUCUGUUUUGCUGUGCCUGAGAAGGAGGUAAAAGCAGUUGCUGAGGCUUUGCAAUCUAGAUUCCGCCAAGCUUUGGAUGCUGGGCGUCUUUCACAGGUUGCAGUCAUUCCUAACUGUAGCAUAUUAGCAGCUGUUGGCCAGAAAAUGGCUAGCACUCCUGGAGUCAGUGCAACUCUUUUCAAUGCUCUGGCAAAGGCUAAUAUCAACAUUCGUGCUAUAGCUCAAGGUUGUUCUGAGUACAAUAUCACAGCAGUUCUCAAGCGUGAAGAUUGUAUAAGGGCUUUAAGAGCUGUGCAUUCAAGGUUCUAUCUUUCAAGAACAACCAUAGCAAUGGGGAUAAUUGGACCUGGAUUGAUUGGUGCAGCAUUACUCGAUCAGUUGAGGGAUCAGGUAGCAGUCCUCAAGGAAGAGUUUAAUAUUGAUUUGCGUGUAAUGGGGAUUACUGGAUCAAGGACAAUGCUUUUAAGUGAAGUUGGCAUUGACUUGUCAAGAUGGAGAGAACUUCUGAAGCAGAAAGGACAAGUUGCCGAUCUAGAAAAAUUUACUCAACAUGUGCAUGGAAAUCAUUUUAUUCCAAAUACCGCUCUGGUAGAUUGUACAGCAGACUCUAAUGUUGCCAGCUGUUACCAUGACUGGUUGUGUAAAGGGAUUCAUGUAAUCACUCCAAACAAAAAGGCCAAUUCGGGACCGCUCGAUAAGUACCUAAAGCUGAGAGCUCUUCAGCGACAAUCCUACACACAUUACUUCUAUGAAGCAACUGUAGGAGCAGGUCUUCCAAUUGUUAGCACUUUACGGGGCCUCCUUGAAACUGGGGACAGAAUAUUGCGCAUUGAGGGCAUUUUCAGUGGCACUUUGAGUUAUAUUUUCAACAACUUCACCGGUACUAGAACCUUUAGUGAGGUGGUAGCAGAGGCUAAAGAAGCAGGUUAUACCGAACCUGAUCCCAGGGAUGAUCUUUCUGGAACUGAUGUUGCAAGAAAGGUGAUAAUUCUUGCCAGAGAAUCUGGCUUGAAGUUGGAACUUUCUGAUAUACCUGUUCAAACCCUGGUUCCAGAACCACUAAGAGCUACUGCAUCUGCCGAGGAUUUUAUGAAGCAAUUACCUCAGUUUGACACAGAUAUGGCCAAGGAGAGACAGGAUGCUGAAGAAUCAAGGGAAGUCCUAAGAUACGUUGGAGUGGUGGAUGCCAUUAAUCAAAAGGGAGUAGUGGAGCUGCGAAGAUACAACAAAAGUCACCCAUUUGCACAGCUCUCAGGAUCCGAUAACAUCAUAGCAUUCACAACUACAAGGUACAAGGAACAACCAUUGAUAGUCCGUGGUCCAGGCGCCGGUGCCCAAGUAACAGCUGGUGGAGUAUUCAGUGACAUUUUGCGGCUUGCCUCAUACCUCGGUGCCCCAUCUUAGGGACGUUAAAUGAAUGAUCCAAUUCAGGGCACUCUUUUUUUCUUCCAGACUUCCAAGUUUUUCUGCCGCGUAUGUUGAAUGAGUGUUUGAACUCUAAUUUGCAGAGAAUUUCUUGAAAAGUUGAAGCUUUUAAAAAUUCGGGAUUUGGCACUGAAUUAGUGAUAGAAUAGUGCAGCCAGCUAUGCUGUCGCCC